UGCAAAUAUUCUGUGAACUGAUUUACUAGAGAACACUGCGUAGUACAUUCCAUCAUCCCGUCAUCGUGACAAUCGCGAAAUAUCAUCAUUAAAUCAGUGACUAUCGUUGUCUCAGUUCCGGCGCCGUGCGUCGUGAUUGACGGUUGAGAGAUCGUCUCGUGAAAACUCGUUCAACCGUCCAACGCCGUGGGGAGUCUUUUUUACGGACAGUGCACUAAACGACAACAACAUCUCGGAGCGUUAGCAAAAGUUUAGCAAAUUCGAAUCGGUAUCGCGCGUGCGAUUUAGUUCUUCUAAGGAGAGAGAGAGCGAGCGAUGUCCUUCCUACGCACGUUUCGCUCGAAUCUGAUCCUCAGCACGGCACCGCCAGAAAGCAAGACCGGUUCGAUGAAAGCGUCUGCGGCCCCAAGUGGGCCCGGUGCUGGCCGGAGAAACUCUUCUCAACACGAGGAACGAGUUGCGAGUGGCACCACUCGGCGAAGCAGUGGAACGGUGGGACUUUCCGGUCGCAACGCUGGUCGCCACAGUGGCGCAGACGGUGGGCGAUAUGGUAAGGAAAAUCCGGCCCCCAUCGUGGUGUACCUGGACAAGCCGGGACAGGAGGCGAAGAAACCGGCCAGCAUCUUGCGGACGAACACGUUCACCACGUCGUCUAAGUCCAAGCCCACCGAUCACAGUCCGGAGCCGGAGCAGAUUCGCUACGCAACGGCAGCCAUCACCCGGAGCAAUACGUUCACGAUCGACGAACCGGAUGAUGUGUCCACUGGCCACACUGGCACUUAUACCCGCCGUGGAACGAUGGAUGUGUUCGAGCCGCUGUACGUGAAAAAUAUCGAGCUUGACUCGCAUGAGCUUCCGGUGGUCGUGGACACGCGCACCUAUCGCAAAAAGUCGCGCAGCACUUCGAAGCCGGUUCAAAAGGUCGAGAGUUUCAUCAAGCGCUUCGAGCGGACGCUCUUCAACAAACACGGUUCCAGCGAGCGCCGGAAGCAGUCGGUGGGAUCAGCGCGCAAGAACUCGACCUCCGCUUCGGGCGCCGCUGAUGCUGGGCCCCGGUUUCGCGAUGUUGGCAUCAACUGCAAGCUGGACGAGGAGGACCGCUUCCGGGCGAAAGUGGAAGCGAUGCGCAAGGUGCGCCAAGGGUCGCGCGAUUCCAUCACCAGUGUGCUGUCGACGGUGGCACGCCGCGAGCGCAGUCAAUCGCCCUCGCAGCGCUACACACUGUCCCACGAUCGCCGCUCGUCUUCGGCAAGCAGCUUCGCCCUGGCCCCGCUCGAGGAGCUCAGUAAUCGCCGCACGCCGUCACCACCGUACGGCGGAACGACGGUACCGCUGGCCGCCGUCGAUCGCCCGACCGAAAGCAGCUUCCUGAAGAGUCGCCAGAAGGAAAUAGAAAUGGGAUACAGUGUGGUGAACAAGCGCCAGCAUCCGCUAACCUUGCCCGCCGGCGAGCCGCGGACACCGGAGCGGGUUGGUCCGCACUCAACAAUCGUCAGCCGCAGCCGCCCGGCGGGCUAUGCGGAAGAAGACGUGCGCCCAGCGUCUACCCGGGAGCAACAUUACUCGACGUACGUGAUCGCGCGGAAUGCACCUUCCCGGGAAGACAAGGGGCCGCGUUUCCGGUCCGACACUUACCGAACGCUGAAGGAAGAGUACGAACAGCAGCAGGUGCACCAGCAAGCACAGCAACUGGCAACGAAACCGAUCGGGGUCGCCAGCCCGCUCUCCAAGAGCCCUGCACCGCUAGCGCCUUCCAAGGAUGCUACCGGCGAUCUGCCGAAGUACACGUUUGGUACGGAUCUGCAGCAGCGCCGGACCCGGUUUCAGCAGUUCCAACGUUCGUUCAAGAAGAUGGACGACAGCGCCUCGGAAGUGUCUGUCCAGCAGAGCUUCUUUGUGCCCCUCUAGGGUCGCCAGAACGUUUGCCCGAAGCAGGGCCUGUCGUUUUAAAAGCAAUUAAACAACUAUAACACCAGAACUGAUGCGAGCAUACAGACU